CUCUCGUCUCGUCUUCUCCGAUUAUCUUUUUCCUUCCUGAGUUUUUUCUGUUUUUCGUUUUCCUUCGUCUCUUUUCCCCAUUUUCUCAGUUUUCUGGGAUCACUCAUGACCAAUAUUCAUUAAUUACCAGAAACUUCAAAUUGGAGCCAAACCGAUCCAUUUUCGCCGGCGGUGGCUUAGACCGUAAGAAACUCUACAUAAUUCAAAUGAGUAUCUGCUAGGCUUUUGAAUUAAUACGCGAAUGGAAGAAGAAGAAGAAGAAAAGAAGAAGAUUGGAGAAACUUAUGUGGAUUCGGGUGAAUUAGCUACUGUUGGGGAGGAUGGGAAAGGGUCCUAUCAUGGUGAGAUUGUUGAUGUUAAUAUUCAUAAUGAUGGAGCUUUGGUGAGAAAUGAUAGAAAUGAAGGUGGUCAUUCUACAGGUGACGCAGUGGAUGAGGGCCAAUUUGAGCAAGUGUGUUUAGGAAAUCAAGAAAAGGCUGUUGGAGAGUUUCCCAGUGGUCAUGUGGAUUCAAAUAGAUUGUCAAAUUCUGACAAUGAAGGACACUUAUCUAUUGUUGAUUCACUUCUUGCAACGAUGGGUGGAGUCGAAAGUUUUGAAGAGGAUGAGGAGAGCGAUCCUCCUAGUGUGAUGCUAAACUCCAGGGCAGCAAUUGUGGCUGGUGAACUUAUUCCCUGGCUUCCCUGUGUUGGAGACAGUGAGAUUUUUAUGUCCCCUAGGACACGGAUGGUUAGAGGAUUGCUUGUUAUAUUGCGGUCUUGCACGAGAAACAGGGCAAUGUGCUGUACUGCUGGGUUAUUAGGAGUUCUUUUGAGGUCAGCUGAGAAUAUUUUUGUUCAAGAUGAUGGAUCAACAGUGCAGUUGAGAUGGGAUGGAGCUCCUUUAUGCUAUUGCAUGCAAUAUUUAGCUGGACAUUCGCUCAAUGGUGCUAACUUACGGAGAUGGCUUCAGGUUAUUACAAAAACAUUUACUACUGCAUGGGCACCUCGCUUGAUGGGUGCACUGGAGAAGGCUGUGUGUGGAAAGGAGUCAAAAGGACCAUCAUGUACUUUUGAAUUUGAUGGUGAAAGCUCUGGUUUGCUUGGUCCAGGGGAAAGCCGUUGGCCAUUUAUCAAUGGGUAUGCAUUUGCCACGUGGAUUUAUGUUGAAUCUUUUGCAGACACAUUAAACACUGCAACUGCUGCUGCUGCAGCAGCCAAGUCUGGGAAAUCAUCAGCUAUGUCACCUGCAGCUGCGGCCAGUGCACUCGCUGGCGAAGGUACAGCACACAUGCCUCGUUUAUUUAGUUUCUUAUCUUCUGAUAAUCAGGGGUUAGAAGCAUAUUUUCAUGCACAGUUUUUGGUGGUUGAAUAUGGAAGUGGUAAAGGAAGAAAGGCCUCUUUACAUUUUACUCAUGCAUUCAAGCCUCAAUGCUGGUAUUUUAUUGGUCUGGAGCAUAUUUGCAAGCAUGGACUUAUUGGGAAAGAAGAGAGUGAACUAAGAUUAUACAUCGAUGGAUCUCUGUAUGAAACUCGUUUGUUUGAGUUCCCUCGCAUCUCAAAGCCACUAGCAUUUUGCUGCAUUGGGACAAACCCUCCUCCUACGAUGGCGGGAUUGCAGCGUCGUCGUCGUCAGUGCCCUUUGUUUGCUGAGAUGGGGCCUAUAUAUAUAUUUAAGGAACCUAUUGGUCAAGAAAGAAUGGCACGUUUGGCUUCUAGAGGAGGUGACGUGUUGCCCUCUUUUGGUAAUGGGGCAGGCCUUCCUUGGUUAGCUACAAAUGACCACAUGCAAAAAAGGGCAGAGGAAAGUUCUCUUUUGGAUGCAGAAAUUGGAGAAUGCAUUCAUCUACUCUACCACCCUAGUUUACUGAGUGGACGGUUCUGUCCAGAUGCUUCGCCAGCUGGUGCUUCAGGUAUGUCACGUCGGCCAGCAGAGGUUCUUGGGCAAGUUCAUGUUGCAACACGAAUGCGGCCUGUGGAGGCUUUAUGGGCCUUAGCUUAUGGGGGGCCUAUAUCUUUACUUCCUUUAGUUGUAAGCAAGGUUUGUAAAGAUAGCCUGGAACCAGAACAGGGGAGUAUUCAUUUGUCUUUGGCUACAGCAUCUCUUGCUGCACCAGUAUUCAGAAUCAUUUCCAUGGCUAUUCAACAUCCUGGGAACAAUGAAGAAUUGUGUAGGACUAGAGGGCCUGAGAUUCUGUCCAAAAUAUUAAAUUAUCUUCUACAAACUUUAUCUUCUCUAAAUUCCGGAAAACAUGAGUGUGUUGGAGAUGAAGAGCUUGUUGCAGCUGUUGCCUCUCUAUGUCAAUCACAGAAGAUCAAUCAUGCACUUAAAGUGAAGCUUUUUAGUACACUGCUUCUAGAUCUUAAAAUUUGGAGUUUAUGUGACUAUGGGUUGCAAAAGAAACUUCUUUCAUCACUUGCAGAUAUGGUCUUCACGGAGUCAUCAAUCAUGUGGGAUGCGAAUGCUAUUCAGAUGCUUCUUGAUGGCUGUAGAAGGUGCUAUUGGACAGUCCGUGAAAAGGACUCUGUGGAUACAUUUUCUCUUGAUGAUAAUACGCGUCCUAUGGGUGAAGUUAAUGCUUUGGUAGAUGAGCUCUUAGUUGUCAUUGAACUUUUAAUAGGAGCAGCACCACCUUCAUUUGCUGCAGAUGAUGUCCGGUGUCUGCUUGGUUUCAUGGUUGACUGCCCACAGCCUAAUCAGGUGGCCAGGGUGUUGCAUCUGAUCUAUAGGCUAGUGGUACAGCCAAAUGCAACAAGAGCUCAGACAUUUGCAGAGGCUUUCAUAGGUUCUGGUGGAAUAGAAACACUUCUGGUCCUUCUGCAAAGAGAAGCUAAGGCUGGUGACCAUAGCAUCCCAGAAUCUCAAAGCUUGGUAGUUUGGAGAACUGAAAAAGAAGAAGAUAGUGGCUCUGGGGUUUUGGAAAGAAGUCCGGAUGAAGUAUCUCUUAAGGAGGGGGAUCAAGUUUCACAAGAGAAAGUUUGUGAAUCUCAACCCCUUGAUAGAGAUAGCAAUGCAGCUGCCAUUUCACCAACCAAGAAAUUUGAAAGGUUGAUAUCAAUUUCCGAAAAUCAAUUUGUGAAGAAUUUAGGUGGUAUAAGUCUUUCUAUUAGUGCUGAAAAUGCAAGGAAUAAUGUUUACAAUACUGACAAAAGUGAUGGUAUUGUUGUUGGGAUCACUGGCCUCUUGGGUGCUUUGGUAGCACACGGGCAUUUAAAAUUUGGUUCACAUGCUCCUUCAGAAAUGACAAGCAGCCUCUUUGAUGAUGGACUCAAUGAUGGAGGUGGGACCAUGUUUGAUGAUAAAGUUUCUCUUCUGUUGUUUGCCUUGCGAAAGGCUUUCCAAGCAGCUCCAAAUAGGCUUAUGACAAGCAAUGUGUACACUGCUAUAUUAGGGGCCUCGAUUAAUGCUUCUUCAACCAGAGAUGAGUUGAACUUUCGUGACUCUGGUCACUGUUUUGAACACAUGCAACUUUUGUUAGUUCUAUUGCGUUCAUUGCCAUAUGCUUCUGGAGCUUUUCAGAGCCGCAUGCUACAGGAUCUUCUGUUUUUGGCUUGCAGUCAUCCUGAGAAUAGAAGCAGUCUAACUAAAAUGGAGGAAUGGCCUGAAUGGCUUCUAGAGGUCCUUAUCUCCAACUAUGAGAUGGAUGCAAAGAAACAGUCUAAUUCGGAAAGCUUAGAAGACAUAGAGGACCUCAUAUACAAUUUCCUGACUGUAAUAUUGGAGCACUCAAUGCGUCAAAAGGAUGGAUGGAAGGAUAUUGAAGCUACAAUUCAUUGUGCGGAAUGGCUCUCUAUUGUUGGUGGCUCCUGCACUGGAGACCAGAGAAUUAGGCGUGAAGAAUCUUUGCCAAUAUUUAAGAGAAGGCUCUUGGGUGGCUUGCUGGAUUUUGCUGCCAGAGAAUUACAGUCACAGACUCAAGUUAUUGCAGCAGCAGCUGCUGGUGUUGCUGCUGAAGGUUUGCCACCAAAAGAUGCCAAAGCAGAAGCAGAAAAUGCGGCACAGCUCUCUGUCCUUGCUUCAAUGGCUGAUGCCAAUGGGCAGAUUUCUGCCGCAGCCAUGGAAAGACUUACUGCUGCUGCUGCAGCUGAGCCUUAUGAAUCUGUUACCUGUGCUUUUGCAUCUUAUGGAAGCUGUACAAUGGAUCUAGCUGAGGGUUGGAAAUACAGGAGCCGUUUAUGGUAUGGUGUUGGCCUUCCUUCAAAAACAGAUGUCUUUGGUGGUGGUGGCAGUGGAUGGGAAUCUUGGAAUUCUUCCUUGCAGAAGGAUGCUAAUGGAGCGUGGAUUGAACUGGCUUUGGUAAAGAAGUCAGUAACCAUGCUCCAAGCAUUAUUGUUGGACGAGUCUGGAGUUGGAGGGGGUCUUGGUAUUGGUGGAGGAUCGGGUACUGGGAUGGGAGGAAUGGCAGCACUAUACCAGUUACUGGACAGCGACCAGCCAUUCUUAUGCAUGCUCCGAAUGGUGCUUCUCUCUAUGAGGGAAGAAGACAGUGAGAAAGAAAGUAUGCUUAUGAGGAAUGUGAGCACAGAACAUGAUAUGUUGGAAAAAUUCCAAGGAGGCGAGAUCAAGUGCUUGGAUAGCAGGACCAGCGCAGCAAUGAGACAACCACAAUCAGCAUUGUUAUGGAGUGUGCUUUCAACUGUUCUGAACAUGCCAGUUUCUGACUCCAAGAAACAGAGAGUUUUAGUUGCAUCUUGUGUUCUCUAUUCCGAGGUGUGGCAUGCUGUUGGGAGGGACAGAAAGCCACUUCGAAAACAGUAUCUUGAAGCCAUUUUACCACCAUUUAUUGCUGUUUUAAGGAGGUGGCGGCCACUUUUGGCAGGAAUUUAUGAACUUGCCACUGCCGAUGGUUUGAAUCCCCUUAAUGUUGAUGAUCCUGCACUGGCUGCUGAUGCACUGCCUUUAGAGGCAGCUCUUGCAAUGAUCUCUCCAGCUUGGGCUGCUUCUUUUGCAUCACCACCAGCUGCAAUGGCAUUGGCAAUGAUUGCUGCUGGUGCUUCUGGUGGAGAAACACCUCCUCCUCCAACUACUGGACACCUUAGGCGCGACUCCUCACUCCUUGAACGGAAAACUACGAAGCUGCAUACGUUUUCAAGCUUUCAAAAACCUCUGGAGGUGCCUAACAAAUCACCUGUUCUUCCAAGAGACAAGGCUGCUGCAAAAGCUGCUGCCUUGGCUGCUGCACGUGAUCUUGAACGCAAUGCAAAAAUUGGUUCAGGAAGAGGUCUCGGCGCUGUUGCAAUGGCCACAUCUGCUCAAAGGAGGAAUGCUAGUGAUAUGGAGCGUGUGAAGAGAUGGAAUAAUUCUGAAGCCAUGGGAGUUGCCUGGUUGGAAUGUCUGCAACCAGUUGAUACAAAAUCUGUUUAUGGGAAAGAUUUUAACGCUCUAUCCUACAAAUUUAUAGCUGUUCUUGUUGCAAGUUUUGCUUUAGCAAGAAAUAUUCAAAGAUCAGAGAUUGAUAGGCGCACACAAGUUGAUCUAAUUUCACGGCAUCAUUUAUGCACUGGAAUUCAUUCAUGGCGCAAACUUAUUCAUUGCUUGAUAGAGAUGCAAUGCCUUUUUGGGCCAAUUGGACAUGAAUUAGCCAACCCUGCACGUAUUUUCUGGAAGCUGGAUUUAAUGGAAACUUCUUCGAGGAUGAGACCAUAUUUGAAAAGGAAUUACAUAGGGACUGAUCAUCUUGCUGAUGUUGCUGAUUAUGAGGAUCAAAAUCAGAUGAAAAAGAAUAAAGAGGCUGUGAUAAGUCCAUCUAAUGCUCAUGCUCUGGCAGCAGAAACAAUUUCAAUGGAUGUGGUACAUGAAGAUGAUGAACAGCCAGAAAUUGAUGAUGAGAAUGGCAGAGCCCAUGAAAGUGAAAAAGGUGGGGGAGAUGAGCCAAGGUUGUCUGAAGCAACUGAGCAAACCCUUAAGGCAGCAUCAGCAGAAACCAGUGAGUCUCAGUUGGCUAGUGACCAAGACUUGCUACAAAGUUCUUCGGCAGUUGCACCUGGAUAUGUUCCUAGUGAACUUGACGAGAGAAUUGUUCUUGAACUUCCUUCAUCAAUGGUUCGGCCACCGAGGGUUAUACAAGGAACAUUUCAAGUAAUGUCAAGGAGAAUAAACUUUAUUGUUGAGAACUCUGAAAACAUGUUGAAUGGUUUAGAAGGAAAUUCUGAACGGGGAAAUGAUGAAAAAAAUCGUAGUUGGUUGACGACUUCCCUUCAUCAAAUUUACAGCAGAAGAUACCUCCUAAGAAGAAGUGCCUUGGAACUGUUUAUGGUUGACCGUUCUAAUUUCUUCUUUGAUUUUGGGAGUACUGAGGGUCAAAGAAAUGCAUAUCGGGCAAUUGUUCAUGCAUGGCCUUCUCAUCUGAGCAAUAUUUAUCUUGCCACUCAGAGACCUGAACAGCUUUUAAAAAGAACUCAGCUAAUGGAGCGCUGGUCCAGAUGGGAGAUCAGCAAUUUUGAAUAUUUAAUGCAGCUGAAUACAAUGGCUGGGCGAAGCUAUAAUGACAUAACUCAGUAUCCAGUUUUCCCAUGGGUUCUUUCUGACUACAGCUCAAAGAACUUGGAUCUUGCUGAUCCAUCUACUUACCGAGAUCUAUCAAAGCCUGUUGGGGCAUUGAAUCCAGAUCGUCUUAAGAAGUUCCAAGAGAGAUAUGCUAGCUUCGACGAUUCAGUCAUUCCAAAGUUCCAUUAUGGUUCACAUUAUUUGAGUGCAGAAGCGGUGCUAUACUAUCUUUUUAGAGUUGAACCAUUUACAACUCUCUCUAUUCAGCUUCAAGGUGGAAAACUUGAUCAUGCAGACCAUUUGUUUUCAGAUAUUGGUGGUACUUGGAAUGGGGUUCUGGAAGACAUGAGUGAUGUGAAGGAAUUGGUUCCUGAGUUGUUCUACCUUCCAGAAAUCUUAACCAAUGAAAAUUCAAUUGGCUUUGGAACAACACAGUUAGGAGGAAAGAUUGAUUCUGUCAAACUUCCUCCAUGGGCUGAAAACCCAGUUGAUUUCAUUUGUAAGCAUCGUUUGGCUCUUGAAAGUGAGCAUGUCUCUGCACAUUUGCAUGAGUGGAUUGAUCUCAUAUUUGGGUACAAGCAACGUGGUAAAGAAGCUAUAUCAGCAAACAAUGUUUUCUUCUACAUCACCUAUGAAGGAACUGUUGAUAUUAAUAAAAUCACAGAUCCUGUACAACAACGUGCUACACAAGAUCAGAUUGCUCAUUUUGGACAAACUCCAUCCCAACUUCUUACUGUCCCACAUAUGAAAAAGAUGCCCCUAGCGGAGGUUCUUCAUUUGCAGACUAUCUUUCGGAACCCAACGGAAAUCAAACCAUAUGCCAUUCCAGCCCCAGAACGUUGCAAUUUACCUGCAGCAGCUAUUCAUGCAUCUUCAGAUACUGUCAUAAUUGUUGGCACAAGUGCUCCAGCAGUGCAUGUUGCCCAGCACAACUGGCAGCCAAACACCCCAGAUGGCCAGGGUACACCAUUUCUUUUUCAACAUGGGAAGGCAACAGCAAACUCUGCCGGGGGAGCCUUGAUUCGCAUGUUUAAAGGACCCACUGGUUCUGGUUCUGAUGAGUGGCAAUUUCCCCAGGCAAUAGCAUUUGCUACAUCUGGGAUCAGAAGCUCAGCUGUAGUUGCAAUCACAUGCGAUAGAUAUAUCAUAACUGGAGGUCAUGCGGAUAACAGUGUCAAGCUACUGUCCUCUGAUGGAGUGAAAACACUAGAAACAGCUUUUGGGCAUUGUGCACCUGUCACUUGCAUUGCUCUUUCAUCAGAUAGCAAGUACCUUGUUACAGGAUCAAGGGACACUACAGUCUUACUUUGGAGGAUACAUAGUGCAGUUACUUCUCGCUCAAGUAGCAUAACAGAGGCAACUGCAGUUCCUGGAACGCCAACCUCAACAAGUAGUAAUACUUUAGCAAACAUCUUGGCAGAAAAAGGCAGGAGGCACCGAAUAGAAGGUCCCAUACAUGUCCUUCGAGGUCAUCAAGGGGAAAUUCUUUGUUGCUGUGUUAGUUCAGAUCUAGGUAUUGUGGUUUCCUGUGCCACUUCAUCAGAUGUUCUGUUGCAUUCUAUACGGAGGGGACGCUUGAUCAGACGGAUUGCUGGUUUGGAAGCUGAUGCUGUCUGCCUUUCAUCAGACGGGGUUGUAAUGACCUGGAGCAAAGGGCAACAUACUCUAAAUACCUUCACCCUUACUGGGAUUCCGAUUGCCACUGUGCAACUUCCUUUCUCAGGCAGCAUCAGUUGUAUGGAAAUUUCAGCGGAUGGGAAGAGUGCUUUGAUUGGGAUGAACUCAUGCUCAGGAAAGAAUGGAAACUGGUAUAAUAACCGAGAUUGGAAUUCAAAUAAGUUAGGGAGAGGUGAUUUUGAUCUCGAGACAGAUGAAACUAGUGAAAGCAACAGAUUGGAUAUUCCAUCGCCUUCAAUUUGCUUUCUAGAUCUACAUACUCUCAAGGUUUUCCAUGUGCUGAAGCUAGGAGAAGGUCAGAAUAUUACAGCCCUCGCUCUAAACAAGGAUAACACAAAUCUUCUAGUUUCAACUGCAGAUAAGCAGCUCAUAAUUUUCACAGAUCCAACCUUGAGCUUGAAAGUGGUGGAUCAAAUGCUCAAGCUUGGCUGGGAAGGUGAUGGACUCAACCCCCUCAUAAAGUCAUAAGCUUAAAGCCGGUGAAUUUUUGAUUAGUUGUAGAAUGAAUACAGAGAAUACAAUAUAGAACAACCCCGGGAUGAAUCUCACCGAGCAUGCGAAGCUGCUCGAAAUACAAAAUCGAUUUGAUCAACACUUCAGCUGCCAUCUUUUUGCAUGUAACAUACGAAAUUAAGAAGUCGAACGACCCUGUAAAUGCGUUGUUGCCCGGUUCUCUGCAGAGUUGUUCAGCAAUUAGUUUACGUCUAACAAUUGAGAUGAACAAGCAACGCUCCAAGUCUGAGGCUUGAGAACCCUUUUUUUUUUUUUCUUUUUUUAUCAUCAUUUUUUUGACAAAAUAAUAAAUGAAAAUAUCGUAG